AUGUAAUCUCGUUCAUAAAGAAGAAGAAGAAUAUUGAAAUAAUGCAUUCAAAAAAAGAGUAAAAUAGAAGAUAAUGCUCAUGUAACUUAGGAAAUAGAUUCUGAAUACGAAGAUGUAAGUGAUAUGGAGGAAGAUGAACAUAUUUAAUAUGAAGAUGAAUUUGAUGAUGAAUAUGGUAAAAUUAUCAAAAUAAUUUAGUUAGAGAGUGAAGAAGGAGAAAUCAAUAUAGAUAGUGAAGAUGAAGAAAUAUUGUAAAAAGAAGAGUAAUCUUAAGAAUAAUCAUAAUAAAAUCAAUUAUAAUAAUAACCUAUAUAAUCAAAACUUAAGAGAAAAAAGAAAGGAAUGGAAUAAGAAAAUCAAGAAAAUUAAAAAAGAGUAUGGUUUUAUGAUGAAGCUGAAAAUUUAGAUUUUGAUAAUAGAGCUUAUAAUAUGUUACAUAGAGUUACAACUGAAUGGCCUUGUUUAUCUUGUGAUUUUGUAUUAACUGAAGAAGAAUAAUAAUAAUAUAAAAAUAAGGAAUAUCAAAAAAUGAAUAAAUAUCCAUAUAGUGUUUAUUUAGCUGCUGGUACUCAAGCAGCAUAACCAACCAAAAAUUAAAUAUACUUAUUAAAAUUAUCAAAAAUGCAUAAAACUAAAUAUGAUGAUGAUGAAGCAUCUUAAUCAGAAGAAGAUAGUGAAGAUGAUAAUCUUAGUAAUGAUGAAGAAGGUUAAGUACAUUUGAGUAGUGUUACAGGAUUAAAAUGUGGAGUCAAUAGAAUUAAAACUAUGAAUGGUUAAGCAAUUGCUGCUUAUUGGAAUGAAAAUGGAGAUGUUAAUAUUUUAGAUCUUAAUCCAUUAUAUAAAAAACUUUAAUCUAAUUAAUAAUCUUAAUUUAAUUUAUCAUAAUUACAUCAUAAAGUAUUUAAAAAUUAACAUGAAGGAUUUGCAUUAGAUUGGAGUCGUUUAAAAGUAGGUGAUUUAUUAAGUGGUUCAGUUGAUGGUAAAAUUUAUUUAUAUCAAUUAAAUAAUAAUGAUUGGAUUAGAGAAAAUAAAGCUUAUGAAUAUCAUAAGGGAAGUGUUGAAGAUUUAUAAUUUUCACCAAUUGAAAGUUUUGUAUUUGCUUCAUGUUCUACUGAUGGAACUCUAUGUAUUGUUGAUACAAGAGAAGGAAAACAUAAAUAAGCUUAAAUCUUGGUUAAAGCUCAUAAUUGUGAUGUUAAUGUAAUCUCAUGGAAUCAAGUAUCAGCUACUCUUGUUNUUAAAAUUUAAUGUGUGAUAUUAAUAUUUAUAAAUGCAAUCUCGUUCAUAAAGAAGAAGAAGAAUAUUGAAAUAAUGCAUUCAAAAAAAGAGUAAAAUAGAAGACAAUGCUCAUGUAACUUAGGAAAUAGAUUCUGAA